GAGGACACGCUGAGGGUCCUAGCUGCCUUCCUUAAGCGGGGUGAGGCUGCCGGGUCCCCCAUUCCAGCCCCACCCAGGAGCCCUGCCCCGGAGGAGCCAACAGACUUCCUGAGCCGCCUUCGAAGAUGCUUUCCUUGCUCUUUGGGUCGAGAAGCAGUUCCCCCUGAGUCCCCCCGGCCUUGCUCCCUGCCCCUUCGCCCCUGCUACGGUUCGCAGCCUGGCCCAGCGACUCCAGACUUCUAUGCCCUUGUGGCCCAGCGGCUGGAACAGCUGGUCCAAGAGCAACUGCGAUCCCCACCGAGCCCAGAGUUACAGGGUCCCCCACCCACCGAGAAGGAAGCCUUGCUGCGGAGGCUGGUGGCCCUCCUGGAGGAGGAGGCAGAAGUCAUCAACCAGAAGCUGGCCUCGGACCCUGCCACAGAUUUUAGAAAGAGCACUGGGUCAUAA